AAAAGAAAAUAGUUUUAUUUGGAAUAAUUCCUUCAUUAACUCUUUGUUUUAACUAUUUAAAUGUGUUAUGUACAACUCUGCGUAUUAAAACACAAUCGCAGUUUUUAAGAUUAUGCUGUAUAUGUUUAAAAGACGAGAAUUUAAGUCCGCAGUAAAUUGCGCGGGUAAUUUGUUCUGUGGAUCCAUCUGUGUGCGGAAGCAUUUAAAUAAAGGAGUCUUUUAUAUCUGUACUUAAGACAGGAUGGAAACUCUAUCAGAAGAACUGAAAUCUAAAUUUCAGCUGGAAGAUGACGAAAAUGAUGUUUUGGAUAAACUUUAUGAACUUCUUCACAGCUACAAACUGGAAGUCAGUGACUUGCAUGAUCACUGGAUUGCUUUCCUCAUGACUAAAAAAAUGGAUUUGGUUACAAAACCUUCACUGAAGUUGGCUUCAAUAAUGCAGAGAGACGUUCUUUCUAAGAAAGCUAUUGCUGCCAACAACAACAACAACAGCAGCAUAACUGAAACAGAAUCAAUAGAAGAUCCGUCAGGAUUUGAAGAUAUGAUGUCCAUGUACAAUGUAAAAACACCAAGUUCAAUGUCUAAAAGUAAAAAACGACCAAGAUCUCCAGAUAUUCCCAAGAAGUCAUUAAAUACCAGUUUUAAUGCACUACUACCAGAACUUUAUUCCCCAAAGAGUGCUACUCCUCCACGUAUUUUCAAAGAUCGCACAAAUUCUGGUGAAUGUGUUCUCAGUUUUGGAAAUGUAACCUCUGCUCCUUGGUCAGACACCAGCCUCAAAUGUUCCUUUGAUCUUUUCGAUACCUCUUCAGUUCUUACAAAUUCUGUCAAAUAUAUGUUUGAGAAGAAACACGACCAAGCUGAAUACCUGAAUGAACAGAUUGAUAAAGUGAGUUCUAAGCUUAAACAGAAACAUGAAUUGGAAAGAUUUCAUCACAUUGCUCUUUCAUCUCAAGAAACUGUUACCAUUGCUGGCCGUGUUUGCUGUGAUUGUGAGAGUCGUUUGAAUGCUCAGUCAAUCCUUCUAGAAGGUUCUCAUGAAACUUCCUCAGGAAAGACAUGUCCUAUUGAUGUAUCAGAAUUAAAAGACUACUCAUUGUUUCCUGGACAGAUUGUUGCUUUUGAUGGUACAAAUCCAACUGGUAAAAUGUUUAUGGCCAAAAAAGUCUAUGAUGAUGUCCCAUUGCAGCAAGCUCCUCUAGUGCCAGAGAAAUUGCCAAAAGGCUCCAGUUUGAAUAUCUUGAUAGCUGCUGGGCCAUUUCUUACAACAGACAGUAUAAUGUUUGAACCUCUCACAGAUCUUUUAAAUGUUUGCCAGAAAGAGAAACCUCAUAUGUGUAUUUUGAUUGGACCAUUCCUUGAUGAAGAACACACUGGUAUCCAGACUUUAAAAGAUGAGAGUUAUGAAACAAUGUUUACUCGAGUUUGUCAAGGAAUCAAGGAAAUUGCUGAACAGCUCCGCUGUACCAUGGUGUUGGUGCCAUCUGCUCGAGAUAUCCACAACACACCGAUAUAUCCACAACCACCAUUUGAAUAUGGAGAGAGUGAGUUCAUGCAUUUUGUAACUGAUCCGAGCCUUCUGUCUAUUAAUGGUGUUGUGUUUGGGAUCACAUCCACUGAUGUCAUCUUCCACAUUUGUAACUCUGAAUGCUUUGCGAGCACAAAUCCAAUGAAUCGCUUCAAACGAAUCAUACGCCAUUUGUUCUCUCAGCAAAGCUUCUAUCCACUGUAUCCAUCACAUAAUGAUGUCAGCGUUAGUUUCAGUCAUGCAGAAAGUUUUGAACUUCCCACCAAACCUCACGUGUUGAUCGUGCCAUCUCAAUUCCGCUAUUUUGUUUUGGAUGUGGAUGACUGUUGCUGUAUCAAUCCUGGGAAUCUAACCAAACGAGAAGCUGGAGGAACAUUUGCUCUUAUGAAUAUUCACAGAAGUAACAAUGAUCAAAAAAGUUCUCUUAUUUCAGACACUGCCGUCAAAAUUAUCCGAGUGUAAAUAAAAUAGAUGUAAAAGGAUUUCAUUUUAAAAACAAACAUUAAAGAUUAUUAUUAUUAUUGAAAGGUGGCAAGCUUGUAGAAUUGUCACUGUGCUGAACAAAAUGCUUCACGGACUUUUUUCCGACUCGACGACAUGAUUUCAAUUUCUACCAAGGUCGACUUUGCCUUUCAUCCUUUCCCACGCCCCUAAAUUUGCUGGCCUUGUGCCAAAAUUUGAAAUUAUUAUUAUUAUAACUGAAUAAAACAAAUGAAAGCAAUUCCUUA